AAAGGAGGAAAUCCAACAUGGCGUCAACAAUAACAAAAAUACCGCUACUGUUUUGCUUAGCUUCAUUUUCUUUGCAAAUCAGCUCCUCCAGAUUCAUUUCGGAGCCUUGUUAUAAACCCAUCAAAGACGACAGACCGGACUCUGUCAAGACACGGCCCCGCCCACAUGAGUAUGUGAACGUGUCGGAUCUUCCUCCAUCUUGGGACUGGAGGAACAUCGAGGGGAAGAAUUAUGUGAGCGUCACACGGAACCAGCACAUCCCCCAGUACUGUGGGUCCUGCUGGGCCAUGGGAGCCACCAGUGCACUUGCUGACCGUAUCAACAUAAAGCGUGGAGGUGUUUGGCCGUCGGCCUACCUGUCAGUCCAGAACGUGAUAGACUGUGGAGGGGCGGGCUCUUGUUACGGAGGAGAUCACCUGAGAGUCUACGCCUACGCACACAAGAGAGGCAUUCCUGAUGAAACCUGCAACAACUACCAAGCCAAGAACCAAAAGUGUGAGCAGUUCAACCAGUGUGGCACCUGCUCCUUCUUCAAGUCGUGUGCCGUCGUGAAGAACUACACUGUAUGGAAAGUGAGCGACUACGGAGAAGUUUCUGGAAGAGACAAGAUAAAAGCGGAGAUUUACACCCAUGGGCCCAUCAGUUGUGCCCUGAUGGCCACUGACGGCCUGGAGGAAUACACCGGAGGGAUCUUCUCAGAGUUUCACCCUCUGUCUUUGCCCAAUCACAUUGUCUCUGUGGCUGGUUGGGGUGUGGCGGAUGACGAGACCGAGUACUGGAUCGUCAGGAACUCCUGGGGAGAAUUUUGGGGGGAACACGGCUGGGCAAGAAUAGUCACCAGUGCCUAUAAAGGAGGAAAAGGCAAUUGGUUCAAUCUGGGUAUUGAGAAAAACUGUGCAUAUGGAGACCCUGUUGUAACAUAGGUGUCUUAUUAAACUGAUAAAAA